AUGCCAGAAUCACGAGGAAUAGUGAGAGGCUCUGGCCACAACAUCUCUGGUCGAUUUUUCAUCGAUGGUAUCCUGCACAAUCUCGAUGUAUACGUUACCGGCGAACCUCUUCCACACUUUAGCGUCUCCAAUGCCAGGGUGACCUACGAGUCGCCCAAAGAAUUGCGGGGCCAGGAGGUGCUUCAGCCUAGCUCGCGAGUUGGAGGAUCCGACAUUUCUUUGUCUCUGAUGGGUCGUUCGGGUACUCAGUCUAUUACCGGUCAGAUUGAGCCACCGCUGCCAGAGGAUUUUCUAAUCUCUGGGCAAGGUGCGUGGGGAGUCUAUAAAGAUGAUGAUGACGACGACUAG